AUGGAAAAACAUGAUAAAUUUAUUGUUGACAUGACUGUGACCAUUGAAGAUAUUCAAGGGAAACUUUAUACGUGCAAUUUUCCUACUUGCGGAAAACAAAUUUUUACUUCUGAGAAAAGCCUUAAAAAGCAUGUCAUUAUCAAACAUCACAACAUAAAAAUUAGCCAGGAAAAAUUAUUAAACAUAUCGUAUCGUUUCAACUGUCCUAUAGCAACCUGCAGAAGAAACCUGAAACUUGAAGAUGAAUAUUUCAAAAAUCGUAAACAUCUUGUUCAACAUUAUUUUAAAGUACACAACGCAAAACAAUUUAAAUGUUCGAAAUUAAAUUGCUUGAAAAAAUUUUCAACUGAAAUGCUUCGCAAUCUUCAUUCUAAAAAUUGUGGACAAAUUUUUACAUGCUGUUGUAAAAGUUCCUUCAAUUCAAAAGAAGCAAUGUUAACUCAUAUUAAGAGAAAACAUUCACAACUGAUGUCAUCGAAGAAAGAGAAGGUGGUGAAAGAAACACAUUUUGCUCAUUCACCAUUAACUAAAGAAGCUUCAACAGCAACUUCGUCUCUCGAAAUUAGGAACUUACAUCCUGAAUUUUCUCAUCUUUCCUCAUUAAACUCCAUAACAACUCCUGCUCCGAUACCAUCUGAUAAGCAAAUAUUAUCACUUUUAAUUCAAGAUAAGUCAACCUCAUCUGAAACAAUUACAAACAUAACAAAACUCAUGAAUUCGUCAGCUUCAACUACAGAAAUUUUGAAUAAAGAGGAAAAUUCAAACAGUUUGUCAUCUUCGUCUAGUCAAACAAAAAGAAAAAUUAAUUGGAGCAUCGAAGAAGCAUUCGAUGACUCUCUAUUUGAUAGUGAUGCAAAAAUGGAAUUUUACUCAACAGAAACCCAAACAGAUUUUGUCGAAACGUAUAUGUCUAACAGCAAUUAUACUCAGACUACAUUUACGGAUUUCUAUGAUUUCGGAAAAUUCGAUAUUCAAACACAAACGAAUUGGGACGAAUGA